AUGGGCUCUCCUGCGACAGGUGGUACUGCCGAAGUGGUUGGGAUUCGUGCAGGACAUGCUUUAUUUGACUCUGCACAAGCUCCCUCUGAUCCCUUUCAGUCUGGCAGCAGAGGUUUGGCGCUAUUCCAAUUUCUACGCCGUCGGCCGGCCAGUCAGCCAAACCACCACUUUAUUCACGGAAAAGCUUGCAGCCUGUCCUCCAUGAAGUCUUGUUGUCUGUGGCAGCUACUGAUGGCCACCUUCCAGGGCGUCGAUUGGUCCAGCUUCUGUCCGGACCAUCAGACCACGGGUGAGGCGAGGGCGAGCUACUUUUCGCCUGCAGUCUACCUUCAAUGUGUUAUAGGAUUUGAACUUUAA